AUGUCGGCGAUGAAAUCAUAUUCAUCUGGCCGAUUUUUCACGAUUGGGUUAGUAACAGCGUGGUACUCAUCGAACAUUGGAGUUUUGCUUUUGAACAAAUAUUUGUUGAGCAAUUAUGGAUUCAAGUAUCCGAUUUUCUUGACCAUGUGUCACAUGACGGCUUGCUCGUUGUUCAGCUACAUUGCGAUCGCGUGGAUGAAGAUGGUCCCGAUGCAGACCAUAAGAUCUAGGGUUCAGUUAAUGAAGAUCUCAGCAUUGAGUCUUGUGUUUUGUGGGUCUGUUGUUAGCGGGAACGUUUCGCUUAGGUAUUUACCUGUGAGCUUUAACCAGGCGAUAGGGGCCACCACGCCUUUUUUCACUGCGGUGUUCGCGUAUUUGAUGACGUUGAAAAGGGAGGCAUGGUUGACUUAUGUGACUUUGAUUCCAGUUGUCACGGGAGUCGUGAUUGCUAGCGGGGGUGAGCCAAGUUUCCAUCUAUUUGGAUUUAUAGUGUGUGUUGCUGCAACAGCUGCAAGGGCACUAAAAUCUGUGCUUCAAGGAAUUUUGCUUUCUUCAGAAGGGGAAAAACUCAAUUCUAUGAAUCUGCUCUUGUACAUGGCUCCUAUUGCCGUGGUGCUUUUACUCCCGGCAACACUCUUUAUGGAAGAAAAUGUAGUUGGCAUCACAUUGGCACUUGCAAGGGAUGAUAUCAAUAUUGUCUGGUUACUGCUAUUCAAUUCUGCUCUUGCUUAUUUUGUAAACUUGACCAAUUUUUUGGUCACAAAGCACACUAGUGCUCUGACUCUUCAGGUCCUAGGAAAUGCAAAAGGUGCAGUAGCAGUGGUUAUUUCAAUAUUAAUAUUUAGGAAUCCCGUCUCUGUUACUGGAAUGCUUGGGUAUACUCUCACAGUCAUUGGCGUUAUACUCUAUAGCGAAGCCAAGAAGCGAAGUAAACGAGAGAACAAUCUCUAA